GGACUACGAUGGCCGCGAGUUUGGGAAGAAUUCCUACGACGACGAUGAUGAAGCUGACGGGAAUGGUGAUCAUGUUGUUCAUCGCAUCUCAGCCUGUCCUGUCAAAGUCGACUCUCGGCAAGCUUGAUGAAUUCCUCGAGGACAAUUCCAUGGCUGGGACUUGUGCGAACGGUGUCUGCACUGUUCAUGGUCCUGCCGGAACAGGAGAAUACUCCGAAAUUUUUGAGCAGUUCGUUCCUGAAUUCUUUGCUGGGGCACAGGACAUGACAGGAUUGAUGGAAGCUGCUAAGAAUGCAGGAACGAGUGGAGAUUACAAGCAGAUCCAGAAGUUGGCAGAAAAGUAUCAGAAGGAUUCCCAAGACAGGAUGAAUCCGUACAUCUCACAAAUCUACGACCAGUUUGUGUCUCCCAAGGCUCCUGGUGUUGACCCAGAGAUUGCCAGAGCCAUGAUCAAGGAGUUCCUCAUCGCCUGUCAGCGCCAUAUGCCCCUCCUUGCCAAGCAGUCCAUGAACGCUGGAAUGAAGCUUGGUGCUAUGAUGCAAGGAGGAGAUGCCAACCCUGCCUUGCUCGCUCAGAUGGAGGAGGGCAUGAAGGGAUAUCUCCCACAGGUCACUAAGACCAUGUCCGGAGUUCUUGUCGAGCUUCUUGCAAGGAGUGACAAGAUGGCUGAUGACAUUUUCGAGGCCAUGGACGGUGACAAGGAUGGAAUCGUUACACGCAAGGAGUUCGAGAAGGAUUUCCUCACCGCCAUGCAGCAGAUUGUGAACAUGCAAGCUCUCGCUCAGACGGCGCAACAAGUCAUGUCUCAAAUCAGCGACAAGGACCUUGAGCAGCUGCGAGGAAUGAUUGAUCCGGACAUGCUCAAGCAGUUCAGUCAGAUGGACCCUGACACCUUGCUAGAUCAGCUCAAGGAGUUGGGCAAGGCAGGUUUGCCUGGCAUGGGCGGCAUGGGCGGCAUGGGCGGCAUGGGCGGCAUGGGCGGCAUGGGCGGCAUGGGCGGCAUGGGCGGUGGUCUUGGAGGAAAGCGCAAUGGUAGAGCCAACACCUUCGGAAGAUUUGCAUAAUCUUCUCAUGUUACGUGAGUGAAUGAGUGCAAGAGAUUGUCGU